AUGUGGCGAAACUUGGCGUACGGGUCCCAGCAAGUGGCCGACGCCGCACCCGCAGUGGCCCCGACCAAGUCAGUGAAGGAGACGGUGGUAUCUCAAGUGGACGCGUCGUCUGUACCUAAGAAUGACGGCGCCAAGGUUUACAAGAUCCUGGAGUAUCUGCGCAAAAUUCCUAUGCACAAAGCCGUGUCUGUGGUUGACAUAUUUAAGCACACGGGCGUCGACCUUUCGAUGGAUGACCAAGUGGAGCAGCGACUUAAGAACAACCCCAAAGUCCGUCUGCAAGGAGAUCAGUACGCCUAUCAGGCCAAAUACGACAUCAAGGAUCGAAUGCAGCUGCUUAAGAUUCUUGACCGAAUUCCCGAGGGGAUGCCUAUAGAAGACUUGAUCGAUUGUUACGUGGGUGUGGAAGAAGAUUUGAAAGAGUUGACGCGCACUGGGGAGAUCAUUUGCGUGAAAAACGCUGACAAAGGCGCAGAAGUGUACUACUCGCGCGGACAGACUUUCCUUGUGGAUCUUUCUGGAGUCGUGACGGUCGAAGCUGGCAGUUAUUUGACCCACUCUAGUCACGAUACCACGGACGAAAUUCGUCGUGGCGAUGCGUUUCGUGUUGGUGAUAACUGGUUUCGCGUGUCAGCAGCAGUCAGGAGCUCAAGCACCACCCGCCCAGUUCCAUUUGCAGGAAUGGCCACAAAAAGUGUUUCAUCUACCCGGGAUCUCAACGUUUCGAAGAAGAUAAAGUACAUGUUCAAGUUCGACAAGGACCACCUUCCUUUGGACGUCCCGUUCCCCGAUGCAAAAAGGCGGAAUGUGGCCAGCAGCGAUCGCUGGGACCUUUUGCCUAAACGUGGUCCAAAAUUUCAAAUGGUGAAGCAUGGCGCCACGAAUGACAUCCGCCAGUUGUGGCGCGAUACUCUGCGAGCAUGGCCAUCGGAUCGUGCCGAAUUUGAAAAGAAACUGGUUCAAGCUGGUUUGACAACGCAGUCAAAGGUGGAUGCUAGCCGCCGUCAAUUGAAGCGUCGUCUUAAGGAAGACAAGAAAAAGAAUCGCCCCCGAAAGCAACGGGAUAUCAAGAUUACAAACCACCAUCUUAUUGGCACGAAACUUGGCGAGAUUUUGUCGAAGGGCAGCCAGGAUCAGUUUAGUCUUGGUGCUGCUAGGUUCGACAAGACGUAG